AUGCAAGAAUGCGAUGCUAUGCAGAUGAUGUCGUCACGUAUUUCACUUUUACUGGCUGUCAUUACUAACUUCUCCGAUUCAAAUAGCAAUGUUGAGAUCGUUCCAACUGACUGCGAUUGUCGGGAUUGGUACGGUACUUGCCGACGUCGCGGUGAGAAGUGGACAGACGACGAGACGUGGAAUUACGAAUGUGACGGAACGAAUGGAACUGAUGCGCGAUUCGUUGCAUGCGUUGCUGAACCACCAGUGAAGGAGAUCGUACCGGUCGGAGCGAAUGUAAGUAUCGGAGAGCUAUGGCACAGUUGUGAUGCAAACACGCAACGCCUCAAAUACGAAUCAGACUUAGUAGACGUAUUGUCGUUCUUCACAAGAAAUCUAAACGAAGUCAAUUUUGAAAUGAAAAGUGAAAGGAAUUUAGAACCACACUGCCUGGUUAAUGGCCAUGUGAAAAAAGUACACUCAGAGUUUCGAGACGGUCGUUUCCAGUGGCUGUGCCUUGAGACAGGACGAUGGGUGAUCGGUUGUUAUUACUCCAACGAAACACAUCCAGAUGUCUUCUUAAAAAUUGGAGAAUUUGGCCACAAUGGUCUAAUUAAGCAUGUAUGCGAUCGAUACGGAGACUAUCCAGGACGAGUACAGUACUAUGCAGAGGUUCGUGGCAUCUUAGUAUCUGGUCCAGGCUAG